CGACUCUGAGUAUAUCGAAGGCUCUGGAGCUAACCAGCAAAAUCACCCGGAGGAUUUUCAUUGAAAAAUGGAGAAAUAAUUGCCUUCAACUGUAUAUUUUUCAGCCAGAAUUUAGUUACCAAAGUUUGAGCUUAGAGAAAAUGGCCUCCACAUCGGACUUGGAUAAACAGUCUGUUUCAGAUGUGGAAAAGGAUAGGACACGUCUGUGCGAGGAGUUUGCUGCGAUAGCGGGAACUGAUAGCUCCGUGGCUCAGUGCUACCUGGCUGAAAAUGACUGGGAUAUGGAGAGAGCCAUAAAUUCAUUCUUUGAGGCAGACAUGGAGAGAGUAUUUGAAGAAGAUUUUCAAGAGAAUGACAGCAGUCCCAAAACCAAGAAACAGAAGGUUGAAGAAAAACCUCCAGAGUGCAUAGAUUUGACUGGAGAAAGUCCUGCCACCUCUCAGAAACCCUCAGAGGAAGAUGAUGGCAAACUAUCACUGAUCUCCUGGAACGUAGAUGGACUUGACACAGACAACCUUGCAGAGCGCGCCAGAGGCCUGUGCUCAUAUUUAGUGUUAUACACCCCUGAUGUUGUGUUUCUACAAGAGCUUAUUCCACCCUACAUCCAGUAUCUGAAGAAACGGGCUGUUAGCUACCUAAUUAUUGAAGGUGGUGAAGAGGCUUACUUCUCAGGAAUGAUGCUGAAGAAGUCACGAGUCAAAUUCUUGGAAAGUGAGAUAAUAGCUUACCCCACCACGCAGAUGAUGAGGAAUCUCCUUGUAGCUCAGGCGACUUUUAAGGGUCAGAAGCUGUGCCUGAUGACGUCUCACCUUGAGAGCUGUAAGGGCCAUGCAGAAGAGCGGAUGAAACAGCUUCGUGUAGUGAUGCAGAAAAUGAAAGAUGCUCCUGAUGAUGUCACCAUCUUGUUUGGGGGGGACACAAACCUGAGGGACACUGAGGUGGCUAAAGUUGGUCUGCCAUCCAGUGUCUGUGAUGUGUGGGAGCGACUGGGCAAGCAGGAGCACUGCCGCUACACGUGGGAUACCAAAGCCAACAAUAACAAGACCGUUCCCUUCGUCAGCCGCUGCCGCUUUGACCGCAUUUACUUCCGCCCAGCUACCAAGGACGGAGUCCCACGUCUGGCCCCUGAUCACAUGGCCUUGGUGGGGCUUGAGAAACUGGACUGUGGCCGCUACACCAGUGAUCACUGGGGAAUCUACUGUAGCUUCAUUGCUGGAUAGAAACACAAAACCAACUAAAUCAUUUCAAUCAUAGCUGCUGUGUGUUUUACAGUCUGAGGUUUGAACCGCAGUUAGUUUCUCUGUGAAAGACAUUGACUGUAAACAUUAUCUCUUGAUUUGAAUUAGUUUUAUCCUGUAAUGUUUCUUUGGUUAUUUUAUUUGCCAAUUAAAAUGUUAAAAGUACUGAUGAAUAAAUAAAGUUUGCACUGUUUUGGAA